AUGGCGGUCGACCGCUUCAUUUGUCUUCUGCAGAUACCAAUGACUUGGCCAUCGAGUCAUGGUCUAAGAGUGCCAUGGUACCGUGGUUCUGGCCCUCCUUCUGUGCCGUGUCAAGUAGCCGUGUCUGCGUGGCGCAUCUUGAAGCCUGCAGUUCUUUUGGAAGGAGGGAAUGAUCAUUUCACACAAUGUUGUUACAAGUUCAUGCCGCUCACCAUAGGGCGUCCCGUUCCGAAUGGACAGGUCAGGGGAUGGAAGAUCUUUUCCUCGGACUUUUUAUGGGGCACGUCAGAAGCGAGUAUGUGGCUUAUGCAAGGCUUACUAAUGGAAUAUACCAACCGAAGGUUUCUCAAUCCGUCAUCUGCAGGGCAUGCAACCAGAUAG